GUUUGUAAAUGAAAAGCAUUAUAUAUAUAUUCUCCUUCAAUUUCAUCACUUGCAACUGAAGAAAUUUCAGAACCAAACAAACACUAAACAACAAAACAAACCACAUUGAUCUUUAGACGGACAAACCUAAUGACUUAAUUUUUAGUUAAUCACAACAUUAAUAAUUAAACUGCUGCUAAUUAAUCAUCUCUAGUUUGGCUUAGCCCUGUCUCUGAUCUCCAUUGUUAAUAUAUAUACUAAUAAGCAGCCAAAUCCCAUCACUCCCUCUCUUUCAUUCUUCCUCAGGUUGAAGUUUAGACAUGGAAUCUAUGCCCAUGUCUCCUCCAGCCAUGGAUGGCAACACCAGCAUGAACAACUCAAUCGGUGAUUCUCCAAUGAUGACGCCGAUGACGACGACAAAUAUGCAGAUGAGUUUCUAUUGGGGCAAAGAUGCUGUGGUUCUAUUUUCCGGGUGGCCUAAAGAGAGCCUUGGCUUAUACAUAUUGGCCUUCUUCUUCAUCUUCCUGCUGGCCUUCGCGGUCGAGUUCUUGAGCCACACGCCGCCAAACAAGCUCAGUAAGAGCCCCAUCGCCAGCGCUUCCAUUCAGGCCGUCGUCUACGCUUUCAGGACAAGCUUGGUUUAUCUAGUUAUGUUGGCUGUUAUGUCUUUCAACGUUGGGAUCUUUAUAGCAGCUGUGGCAGGCCAUACUCUUGGAUUUUUUGUAGUCAAAGUUCGUGCUCUUACUGUUGCAAAGGGGACUGAUUCUAAUGAAGUUUGAUUGAUUUUUGAGCUGCUUGUUUUUCAUUUCCUUUAUGGUGAUUGUAAUGAAAAAGCUUCCUUAUUACCCAUAUCUUCGCUUGAGAAGAUGGGGUUCUAUUAAUGUUGGGUUUCCCUGUGUGUGUGUGUGUUAAUUGUAAGUUUGUAAAUGAAGCCAGUGGGAAUCAUUUGGUGUUUA